GACUAUUAGUUUUUUUGUGUGUGUGUGUUUACUAUUGAGUAUCAACACCGUUGUUUGUUUAUCUCAGCUAUGUUAGCUUUUGGUAAUCUCGACGGUAAGAAAGGAUUCAUUUUCCCCUCGAACGGAGAAUUAAUUUCACUCGUCGCGUCGCGUCACGCCACACCUCGCCUCCACUUGACGCUACGAGACAAAUGUAGAAAACUCAACAAAGUUGUCUAUAAUCGCCUCCAAGUCUUAACAGUUUAUGAUCAGCUGUGUUGAUUCUAACGUGAGUGUUUUAGUUUUGUCGCGUCGCGUCUGUUAAUACCAUUUCCCUUCAAGUGUGUGAUUCAGUCAGUCACUCCUCCUACAAACAACCCACAGAGAUCUCAAACUCACCCGAGUCUAAACGCGUGGACUGUGUGGUCGACCGCUGGACCGAUCGGGUGUUAUUGAAGGAAUAAGAAGUGUCAGCGCGUGAUGUAUUCUCUGAAUGACAGCAUGGCUAAACGAAGCACACUAUUCAUCAGGAUUGUGGAAGGAAAGAACCUGCCAAUCAAGGACAUAUCUGGAAGCAGUGAUCCAUACUGCAUCGUGAAAAUUGAUAAUGAGGCAAUAAUUCGGACAGCAACAAUAUGGAAGACAUUGUCUCCUUUUUGGGGUGAAGAAUACACUGUCCAUCUUCCUCCCUACUUUCAUACAGUGUCUUUUUGUGUGCUGGAUGAGGACUCUCUCAGUCAAGAUGAUGUCAUUGGGAAGGUGUCAAUCACUAAGGAGGUUCUCACCGCGAAACCUCAAGGUGUAGAUGGAUGGAUGAACCUAACAGAGAUCGACCCAGAUGAGGAGGUGCAAGGGGAGAUUCACCUCCAGAUUUCAGUUCAGGGAGAUGGAGAUAUUCCACGAAAACUGUGCUGCCAAGUCCUAGAGGCAAGAGAUCUUGCAAAAAAGGAUCGCAAUGGGGCUUCUGAUCCUUUUGUUAGAGUGAGAUACAAUGGCAAAACGUAUGAGAGUACGGUGGUUAAAAAGUCCUGUUACCCACGGUGGAACGAGAGUUUUGAGUUUGAGCUGGACGAGACGCUAGCUGACACUGGAUUAUUGAGUGUGGAAGUAUGGGACUGGGAUCUGGUCAGCAGAAACGACUUUCUGGGAAAGGUCCUGUUCAACAUCAACAAGCUUCAGUCCGCCAAGCAAGAGGAGGGCUGGUUUCACCUGGGGCCUGACAAAUCCAAACACAGUGAAUAUGAAGGAACUCUGGGUUCUCUGCGGCUGCAGCUACGUCUUCGAGAUGAGGUUGUGUUGCCAUCCAGCCAUUACAAGCCAGUCACAGAGCUACUCAGCCAGUCAGUCUGCUCUCAGCUCAAAGGCAACUGGCCUGAUUUCAUCAUGCUGAUUGAUGAGACCACCACAGCCGAGAACAGACAAGAAGUAGCUAAUAAUCUGGUGAAGCUGUUUUUGGGUCAAGGACUUGUCAAGGAGUUCUUGGAUGUUAUUUUCAAGCUGGAGCUGGGAAAGACUAAUGAACCCAACACACUGUUCCGCAAUAAUUCAUUAGCAUCCAAGUCUAUGGAAUCAUUUCUGAAGGUGGCUGGGAUGCAAUAUCUGCACAGACUUCUGGGCCCGAUAAUAAACCGAAUCUUUGAAGAAAAGAAAUACGUAGAACUGGACCCAAGUAAAGUAGAACUGAAAGAGGCAGGGUGUGCAGGCUUGCACCGUCAGCAGACUGAGUCUGAUAUUAUUCAGCAGAGCUCCAUCCUCCUGCAGUCGUACCUGUCUGAGCUGCUCACCUCCGUCCUGCAGUCGGCCUCCUACUGCCCCCUGCUCAUCUGCCAGGUUUUCCAUCAACUCUACCUCCGAGUGCAGGAACGCUUCCCUGAGCCAGAGUACCGGAAGGUGAAGUUCAUUGCAGUGACCAGCUUCCUGUGUCUGCGGUUCAUCUCACCUGCUAUCAUGUCUCCAAAAUUAUUUCACCUGCGAGAGAAACAUGCUGACGCUCGUACAAGCCGAACACUCCUGCUACUUGCCAAAGCUGUGCAGACCAUUGGGAACAUGGACACUCUCACAUGUUGCUCGAAAGAGCCAUGGAUGGUCUGCUUGCAGCCAGCCAUACAGCAAGGCAUCACUCAGCUCAAAGACUUCAUCACCAAACUGGUCAACUGCCAUGAGUCAGAAGAUCUUGAGCUUCAGACAAGAAUGAGCCUCCAGUGUGGCACUAUGGAGAAAGAAGGCUUCCUUUUCCUCCACAGGACCAAGGACAAGUGCAUGCCCAUGACAUCACCCUUUAAGAAGUACUAUGUCACGCUCCGUAAAGACACUCUGUCGUACUCGCGGACGCCGCACUCUAAAAAGAGCUCGUUUAUUUCGCUGCCAAAGAUCCAGGCGGUAGAGAAGGUGGAGGAGAAGUGCUUCGGCAGUGCCAACGUCAUGCAGGUUAUCUCAAGUGAAGACUCUGGCCAGCAGGAGACCCUGUACCUCAACUGCAAAAGUGUAAAUGAGUUGAAUCACUGGCUGUCUGCUUUGAGGAAAGCCUGCAGUCACAACACAAACACUAUGAGCUGCUACCAUCCUGGCAUCUACAAAACCGACAGAUGGAGCUGCUGCCAUCAGAAGGAGAAAUCAGACCCAGGCUGUGAUAAAACCAGGCAUGGAUUGACUCUGCAGGAGUGGUUCGACCCACUGGACCCUGACCUGGAGGCGCAGCUCAUCUACCAACACCUCCGUAGUGUCCAGCACGCUAUGCGAGAUAAAUAUUAUGAGUUGAGAGAGCAGCAGGGGGUUCAGGAGGCAGAUUCAGGAAGAGACCAGAAGAAAGUAGAUGGACUAUCAAAGCUCUUCAGUAUUCUCCAAGACCUACAUGACGCACAUGCCGCGGUGGAAGAAGAGGAAAGAUCGAAGAAUAAAAAGGUUUUCUUGGAAUAACAAGCGUAAACAAAAGGACUUUUGUCUUAAACUGGUUGCAUUUCAUAAUUCACAGUGCUAUUCAGUCACCGAGCUCAUCCGCAGGCUUCAAACACAUAGAUGAGAGAAGAAAUACUGUACAGUAAGUUUGAUUUGUUCUUGUGUUCUUGAACUUUUGCAGCAGUUCUUGGUGCACAGAUGGAAAAUGUAGAGGGCUGUGAUUGCGAUCCCUUUAUUAAAGGAUAGUUCUGGUGUG